AUGCAAAACCAGAUCCAAGCUGUGUCAAGCAAACACGCGAUGGGUUACUCCAACUUUGCUGUCAACACUGGCGCAGCUCAUGCUCUCGCCGCAAAUGCGUCGGGUGUGACCCGGGGUCUGACGAACGUGCACAAUGCGAUUUGGUAUGCCACCGUCAACGUUGGAUCACCUUCGCAAUCCUACGCUCUCACGAUCGACACUGGUAGCGCCGACGUCCUGCUUCCUGGUUCCAACUGCUCGAGCUGCCAAGGCCACGUUCCCUAUGAUCCCACCAUGAGCACCACCUCAAAGGACACGAACAAGACGUUCACGAUCCAAGACGCUGCCUCUGGCGAGCUCUACACCGAAACCCUGGCGCUCAUGGGUCUGACGGCAACCAACCAAACCAUUGCCGUUGCAUCCAACUACUCCUCCGCCUAUGACGUCGACAACUUCCCCGCCGACGGCGUCCUCGGUCUCGCCUUCGACUCCAUCUCGUCCGUGCCCGGCACCUCCUCCGUGUUCACUACCCUCGCAGCGCAGGGUCAGGUCGUGCAAAAGCAGUUUGGCGUGCGCCUCGCGGACCCCGCCGAGCUCACCGUCGGCGGCGCGGACGCGGACGCGUACUCGGGCGACGUCACCUAUGUGCCCGUCACGCAGAAGGGGUUCUGGCAGAUCAAGGCAGACAGCCUGAGCGUCAGCUCGAGUUCGGGCAACGCGUCGCAGUCUGUCGCGCCGGCCUUCACGGCUGUCGUGGAUUCUGGCACAGAGCUCAUUCUGGGUCCGGCUGAUGCUGUCGACACGUUCUACAAGGCCGUUGAUGGCGCGAAGGACAACGGCGACGGCACCUACGCUGUCCCGUGCCAGGCGUCGUUCAAUGCUACGAUUACUCUCGGCGGAACCGCCUUCCCUCUCGCUGCUGGUACCCUCGUUCUCAAGCAGGACGACGGUACCUGUGUCGGUGCAGUGUCGUCUGGCGGCGCUGCUACAAGCUCCCACUGGGUUCUCGGCGAAGCGUUCCUGCGCAACGUCUACUCGAUCUUCGACUUCAGCAAGGCACAGAUCGGCUUCGCCAAGCUGGCGUAA